AUGGCUUCCGGGCCCGCGAAAACUGGCUUUGCCACCUCAUCUCCAUACGAAGAACAGAUCGGUUACUACCGGGCCAUUCGAUAUGGCAAUCAUAUCUUCGUUUCCGGAACUACAGCAGUUGACCCCCAUUCUCCCGCUAAUGCACCACGAAUUCUCCACCCAGAAGAUGCCAAACAACAGACAUGUAUUGCUCUGGAGGAGUGCGUUCGAGCUAUCCAAGGCCUUGGUGGUAAGGGCCUGGAGGAUAUAGUUCGUGUUAAGAUGUUUGUCAGUCGACACGAGGACUGUACAGCCGUGGGACAAGGGUUUCGUGAGAUAUUGGGCAAACAUAAUCGAGGUGUGGGGGGUAUGAUAGGAGCUGCUGCAACAAUGAUUGUUGUUAAUGGCGGUUUUAUCAAUAAGGAUAUGCUUGUUGAGAUUGAGGUAGAUGCUAUUGUGGAGAUGUCGAACUAG